UUUCGACUUUCGACAUUUCAUCGGACAUUUGCUUCCCUCGAUUCUCCCCUCAUUCGCAACCGACAACGUCAGGGAUGACAAGAUGCCUUCGCCGUCGUCUGGAGAGGAAACGCGUGCCCUCGGGGAUCUCCUAGCUUCCACUCUUGCGCUGCUCGGCCAGUUCAUCGCGGCGCUGAACGCCAACAAUGCCACCACUUCCGCAGCGGCAGACACAACACAGCAGCCGCCCGAUCCCCUGCGUGUGUGCAGCGACUCAGCCAAGCUGGUGAAAGCACACACGACCAAGCUGAGCCUGCUCGCCAUCAACAAGCCCUUUACACCCUCCGCCAUUAUCAAAGUACUGCGAGAGCUCUCGGCGACAUGUCUUCCGGCUAUGAUGAGCGCAGUGCAGAUUUGCGAGCAGCAGAACGCUUCUCAGGGCGGUAUCAUGGUGAAAGAGGCGCAAGCGAGAGUGAGACGAGUGUUCAAGGAAAUGGAGAUGCUAUUGAACGAGGUUCAGUCCAUUUCAGAGGGCAAGGCGGCUGCUACAAGACGUGACAGCCUCAGCUCUACUGGAGUGGUAUGGGAGAGCUGCGAUGCCGUGAUCGAACUGGAACGCCUUGGCCUUGCCGGUCUGGCUCUGCAAAAGGUACAACAAUACCGAGAUACGAUCAAGGAUGCCAUCGAGGAACUUCGAGACUGGGCGGAGGGCGAUGAUCUAGACACCGAAGGCCGCGUGGAUGGUUUGUUGGACAGUGACGAUGAAGGCGUUGCUGGAGACCAGGACAACAUUGACGACAUUUUCAACGCGGCCAACAGCAUGCCUGCAGACCGCCCGGAACUGAAAGAACUGGCAACAACGGUAGAAGGCAAGCUAAAGAAGAUUGUCUUGUUGUACAGCGCACUGGAGAAAAGGCGACUUGCCACUUUCAAAACAGGCUCGGGCGAGACCGCGGUCACGCGGCUGGACGAAGUGAUGGUUCACCUUCGGAAGAUACCACAUCAGGUGGAUGAGCUCGCCAUCUUCCUUUACGAUCUAGAUGAGCAAGGAGCAAACGACAUGCUCGAGAAGUGUGUGAACGAGGCACGCCUUGCCGCACGCUCUAUGGAGUCGAACUGGGAAGGGGCUGACGAUGUGGCAACGACAUGGCUUCAAAAGUGGUACACUGCUGUCAGUUGAAAUACAUAAAGGAAGCUGGACGGCAAACAUCCCAAAAAAGCCCCAGUGUACCAUCAGCUGUGAUGACUUCACAGCGCGAGCAUCGCCAAUCCCGCCAUUCCGAGCAUCGCACCCGGCAUUGCGGCAUUCGUCGGCGUGGCAGCACUUUUGCUCGUUGCUGACGAGCUGGUCGCAGUCGACUCUGUAGCGCUCGCAGUGCUGCCAGUCUUGCUGGAGCCGGUCGCGAGAGCUUGACAAAUGGUGGCCGGAUAAGUCUUGCCGACGUAUGUUUGGCUGCUCGCCGAAAGCGCCGAGCUGCAAAGAUUGUUGGACGCCUUCUCGAGCUCUGAAAUCUGCGUCAGCGUGUGCGUUGGAAUGAGGAGCCUGCG